AUGGCUUGGCUGUUGGCACGUGUGCACAGCCUGCAUUUAGACAUAAUGUGCUCUCUAAAUGACUGUUUUUAUUCCUCCUCCAAACAGAAACUGGGUGAAGGACUAGCAAAGCUGAGGACAGCGAGAGAGGCUCCCUCAGACUGCAUGUGCCCCCCAGGUCCUCCAGGGAGGCGAGGGAAGCCCGGCCGGCGCGGAGAACCCGGACCUGCAGGGCAGUCAGGACGUGAUGGUUACCCGGGGCCUCUUGGUUUGGAUGGCAAACCAGGACCUCCAGGACCAAAAGGGGAAAAGGGUGAAGCAGGGGACGUCGGCCCAAGGGGUGCCAAAGGCGAGCCAGGAGAGGAAGGACUCAUGGGUGCCAGAGGACCUCCAGGACCAAAGGGUGAGCCUGGAGUCCAAGGGAAAAAGGGUGAUGAUGGGAUCCCUGGGGAACCAGGACUUAUGGGCCCUAAGGGAGAAAAAGGAAGUGUGGGUCCCAAGGGAGAGAAUGGCACCGAUGGCUUCCCAGGACCCAAGGGUGAAUCCGGUGAGAAGGGAGGAAUUGGCUCCAUUGGACCCCGGGGUCCCCCUGGCCUGAAAGGGGAACAGGGCGACACAGUCGUGAUCGACUACGACGGCCGGAUCCUGGAUGCACUCAAGGGUCCACCGGGUCCCCCAGGGCCACCCGGCCCCCAAGGCACUCCAGGUCCCAAGGGAGAGCUGGGCUUGCCGGGCCCACCUGGACUGGACGGUGAAAAGGGUCCCAAAGGAGCAAAGGGUGACCAGGGCAGCGCAGGGAUCACGGGGCAGAAAGGAGAGACAGGAGAAAUGGGCUUAGCGGGUCCACCGGGAGCAGAAGGGCCAAAAGGAGACAAAGGAGAAAAAGGAGACACCGGCUCACCAUGUCUGCAGAACAAUCAUAUCAUACCUGAGCCUGGACCCCCUGGAUUACCUGGCCCUAUGGGCCCUCCAGGAAUCCAGGGACCUAAAGGUUUGGACGGUGCAAAGGGAGAAAAAGGUGACACUGGUGAGAAGGGGGACCACGGUGACACUGGACCCGCUGGUCUCCCGGGCGCUCCAGGGCUCAUUGGAUUACCUGGUACCAAAGGAGAGAAGGGAAAGCCGGGGGAGCCAGGAUUGGAUGGUUUCCCAGGUCUCAGAGGAGAGAAAGGAGAGAGAAGUGAAAGAGGCGAGAAGGGUGAGCGAGGAAUACCAGGGAGAAAAGGAGCCAAGGGGCAGAAGGGGGAACCAGGCCCCCCUGGACUGGAUCAGCCUUGUCCUGUGGGAGAUCAUAGCAUUGCAGGCAGCAAAAGGGAGCCAGGUUUGCCAGGCCUGGAUGGGCUGAGCGUGCCCUGCCCUUUGGGACCAGACGGACUGCCAGUAGCAGGAUGUUGGCAUAAGUGAUCCCUAAGCAUGAAGCACAAUAUGUAAAUAAUGUGAUAUAUUUUGAUCUUUUUAAUUUUUGUAUAAAAAAAGGAAAAAAAAAAACUUUCGACAGUAAUAUAUUGACCUUUUUUUAUACUGGAUUCUGACAUUUACGGACUUGGAAAAUAUUGUAAAGCUCCCAAACCCAUAAAAUACGCAUGGUAACACCAGGAUUUGAUAAAGGUACUGCUACCAGUAGCUGGGAAUGAACAGUAUUUUCACUGCUCGUGCUGCUGUGUGAACUAACAGGACUGAGCCAGCUGCUCGUGUGCCUCAUCGCAUGGAGUAAACCCUGUCCUAGUCUGGCUCUCACCUCUGUAUCUGCAUUGCACAUGCACAUUGAAAGGGUGAAAGAACCUGGCUGAAAACAAAGAAAAAGAGGAUGCAGCCCUGAAAAUGGAAGAGCUACUGUAAACUGUCUGGUCAGACAGGAGAAGGACUUGCAACCUGCAGAGGAGACAAAGCCGAGCUCCAUUCAUCACUGCAGCUCUGGGGCUGAACAAAACAACCCUGACUGCCUGGGGUUAUUCUACAACCAUGAGAAGCAUUUUUCCCCUCAAGGGGAAGCACCUCUGGGUCCUGUUCUGGGGUCUGUGCCUGAAGAUGUGCCAGCACUUUGUUACUGUGGAAGCUGAAUUCCCCAGGAAGCCUCCGCUGGAGAAUUUCCAAACAAAAAAAUGUGGCAAUACUUUCAGUGCAGAGAGUUGCAGGACAGGGAGAGCUCUGCUGAAGUCCCUUCUUAAACAACAGAGCACAUAAUUUUGCUGUUGGGAUUCCUAGAACUUGGGAGUUUGGAGUAUUUAAUUGUCUUGUUUUGUGGGUUUCAUUUACUUUUUAUUUUUUCUUGGUUUACAUGGUUUUAACUGUAAACUAACUCUGCACACUUCUCUUGUCUUCUUCCUUCUCUCCCCCUUUUCAGUCUCUUUCUUUAAACUAUCUCAGGCACAUCCCAUGCAGAGCAGGGCAAUGAAUAAGAGGAUUAUUAUUUUGAUAUCUGCAUAUGCCACUGCAAGAUCGAUUAAUAACUAUUCCUCAGUUCCCAUUUUUUAAGAUGUUGAAAAAAACAGAGGCUGUGCAGUAGAGAGCCAUAAACAAUUAUUUCAGAGAGGAAAAGGAUGGCUUACAGCCGAGUCUGUUCAGCUUACAAUGAAGAUCAAGAGGCAACCAGAUUCCUUUACAGGGAGGAGAUACUUUCUAUUAACAAGUUCUUAAACUGAACAGAGAAACAUGUACAAAUAUUCAUCCAAUGGGCAGAAGCUGAAGCUACACAAACUCAAAUAAGCAAGCUGUGGAUUUUUAUUGGUGAGAUUGAUUAAUCCCAACCAGGCCAGUGAUGUAAUCCCCAUCACCUUAAUGCCUUUUUGAUUUAACAGUUCAUUUCUGGAGGAAAUACUUUAGCCCCAGACAAGUUGCUGGGUUCUGUGCGGGCGUCUUAGGUGACAUGAAGAGCCUGACCAUGAUAUCAA